AUGGCUGGCCCCGACUACGGGCUACACCUGGCAGUACAGCUGUCUACGACGGAAACGCGCCUAGAGGUUGUGCUCCCUGUACGGAAACCAGCUGUCCCUCGGCGGGUUACGCCGGCACGGGGCCUACGCCGUGCUCCGUCGGGCGAUGGGUACGUCGUGCGUCGAGUAGAGGACCCCUCAAGGUCAGCCAUCGGCUACGUCGACAUGGACAAGCGGAGCCAGGCAUCACCUGUGUGUGCGAGUGCGGCGCUCCUCUCACAGUUCCGGGGUGGUCAUGCCACUCCCUGGUUUCCGACCCCGAUCUACAGCCCCCGUCCGCUCAGGCACUUUAUCGACCGGGCCACGCUGGUCAAUGGUGUCCGGUCUGGGCUGUUGCCGCGCGCCCACAGGGGAGUCGGUCGACGUGGUUUGACGAAGCCCCCCUUCUAUGACCUCGGUGUGGAGGGAUCUGACUUGGUGACGCAUUUUCUUGGAAACUCGAGGUGA